AUGUUUCAAGAAAUAAAGUGCAAAAAAUGUAGGCACACAUUAUUCAAUCAAGAUACUAUUAAAAAUAAUCUAAUAUUAAAUGCCCACGGAGAGACUACUGAAAAUUCGAAUGCAUGUCAAGUAAUUCCAGAAGAAAAAAAUAUUUUCUUAAAUGAAGACUGCCUUCCUUCUUGGGUAAAGAAUAAAAUUGAAGUGGAAGAAUGGUCGAAAGGAAGAAUAUACUGUCCGAAAUGUGAUUCAAGAAUUGGUGCUUUUGAUUAUGUAUCUGGACAAAAGUGUAACUGUUUGAAUAAUUUAUUACCACCUGUGCAUAUUAUAAAAAGUAAAAUAGAUAUAGUCAAGAUUUGA